ACGGAGAACAUAUAUAAUCACUACAUUGGAUUCAUUGCUUGGAAAACAAUACAUUAUAUAUAAGUUAGUGUAUUAUGUUGACUUUUAAGAGAGUAAGCUUGGCAGGAUUUAUUCUAGUUACCUUGAUAUGGAUGCCAUUCUUUUAUCACUUCAGAGGGGAGAUCAACAGGCUUCUAUUUGUCAAGUUAAAUAAAAAAUCUGAUAUGGCCAUAUUCACAUAUCCGAAGGCUUUGAUGGCACAGUUUGACCAAGACAAUAAUACCACAAUACAACAAAACAAGAAAAUGAAAUUUGAACCUAAUAGUUUGAAACAAAAUAAUCACAGUGUUGCGAGUCCAACAAAAUAUGCUGUUAUUACAUCAUCAACUCCUAUCAAACGCUGGAGCAAUUGGGAUUACGCAUUUCGCCUUCCGAUUACUGUCGAGGUUUACAUCAAACUCAACUUCAAAUGUAUUGUUAUCAUAUCUGGCAGCUUUUCAAGGUGGACUUCUCAUCCUGCACUGAGAGUUAUCUAUGACAGAUUAAAGAAGAACGCAAAUGUAAAACUGAUGUUUCUCGAAACAGCAAUUAAAGUGCAGACACUAAUGGCUAUGGCAUCACGAAUAUUUGUGCCAUAUUUCAUCCCAGGAUUGAAGCCCGAAGACAUCGUCAUGAUGACUGAUGCUGAUUUGUGGCUUCUUGGACAAAGGGGACUGGAAUACGUCAGCUUUAAUAGUUCAUCAGAGAUUUUAAUAACGAAUGCAUUUUGCUGCGGAAACUUUCAAUUAGAUGGAUUAAAAAUUCCACAUUACGCAAUGUGUCACAUUUCAAUGUCUGCCAACCAAUGGAAAGAUGUUUUAAAAGUUGAUAGUUAUUUUCGAGACGUAAAUACAACAGAAUAUGUAGAAAAUGGUCGGGCUAAGAACCUCGAUAAAAUAAUUCAAAAAAUAUUUUUCGAUACUUUUGGAGUCAACCCUAACGUUCCAGUUGGAAUUGGAAGUUAUUUAGAUGAGAAAAUGGUUAGUAAAAGAAUUUAUGAAUAUCAAAAAUUACAUCCAAGUUUUCCUAUUAAAAAGAAGCGAUUUCCAAAGAAUGGUCGAGUUUGCCGUUUGCACUGGCCUUCAGACCCUAAAUUUAACAUAACUGAGAAGGUUGACGCACAUUUACCAGAUAAUGCACUUUCCGAUGAUUCGUGGAAUAAAACCAGAACUCUCAUGGAAAAAGUGUUUGAAGGCCAACAGCUCACUGAUUUGCUUAAUUUUGCAAACAAUGUCAGUGUUUUGAUAAAAAACACAAAAUAAUUUACUGCUCAUUUUUCUACUGCAUGAUUUACAUAUUCUAUUAUUAUUUGAUAAGAAGUGAACAAUUUAUAUACUGUGCUAUUGUUUUGACAUAAAUGUCAAAAUAAAAUUGGUAUUUUUAGCAGUGUAAAAAUAUUUUUGCCAAAUGUUCAUUAGACCAACAAAUAUGGCUUUUAACAACUAGAUCUGGUGCCAUUUGCAUUGGUUUACAUAUUCUUGCUACAUUUCUGAUAGUUACAAUGGCCAAUAUGUCAUUUAUUUUAAUAAUAAUAUUUCAUUUGAGUCCCAUUUGAAUGAAAAUAAUAUGAUAGUGUAUUUACAAUCAUAUCUGGACUACAAUCCACCCUGCAGAGUGCAGAUAUCAUAUCCAUUCAUGAAUAAAAACCAUAUCCCUAGUCAGAGGAUAAUCCUUAUAUACAUGUCUUAAUCAAUACCAAGAAUAACACUACUGUCUAUGUGUGAAAGACCUUUAUAUGGGAAUAAAUAGAGUUUGAGAAAACCGAAACCAGGUCAAAAUAUCUAUGGUAUGUUUUUUCAAGACUUUAUUGUAAAAUAUUUAGUUUUCAUCAAAUUAAGUAUUCACUAAUGAUAUUUUUAGAAAAUAUCGCACAAGGAUGAUAUGAGUACAAAAUUAUCUAAAAUUAAGAAAUUUUUGUGAGGAUUAUGCUGGAUCUGAUACUGAUACUUUAAUCAAACAAUGCAACAAAAUAUUGAUAGAACACAGAUUAUAUUCACAAAGAAAUGUAAAAAAUAUGAACUUUUUCAUCCCUUAUUGUUUAUCAUAAAAGUGGAAAUUAAAU